AGAAUCUUCCACAAAAGACAGCUAGUCAAGAUAAAGAUAAAGAGGAAUCAGCCAUUGAAGGCACCAUACCAAGUCAAAGAGGGGAAAGAGGAAGAGAUAGAGCAGGCAACCAUGGGGUUUGGAGCAAUGGAGGCGCUGUGGAGAAUAGGAUGGGGAGCGGUUGGCGUGCUGUUACUGCUAUGGGCUUGGAGAGGAUUGGAGCGGCUUUGGUGGAGACCAAGGAUGCUGGAAAGAGCGCUUCGGGCCCAAGGGCUGCGGGGCACCCGGUACCGCUUCCUCUGCGGGGACCUCAAGGAGAACGCCCGGCUCAGCAAGGAGGCCCGGGCCAAACUCAUGCCUCUCUCUCACGACAUCAUCCCUCGGGUCGCUCCCUUCCUUCAUCGUGUCAUGAAGGAAAAUGGUAAAAUGUCAUUCACUUGGUUCGGGCAUCAUCCAAGAGUAGCCAUUAUGGAUCCAGGACUGACAAGAGAAAUUCUGUCCAACAAGUUUGGUCACUUUGAGAAGCCAAACUCACAUCCUCUAGUUAAGUUAUUGGUUGGAGGACUCGCAAGUUAUGAAGGUGAGAAAUGGGCCAAACAUAGGAGGAUCAUCAAUCCUGCUUUCCAUCUAGAGAAAUUAAAGUGCAUGCUGCCAGCCUUCUCUGCUUGCUGUGAUGAGCUGAUAGAUAAAUGGGACAGGCUUGUAGCUUCCAAAGGAUCUUGCGAACUGGAUGUAUGGCCUGAAUUCCAGAGUUUCACUGGAGAUGUCAUCUCCCGCACGGCAUUUGGUAGCAACUUUAGAGAAGGCCAACGGAUAUUUCACCUCCAAGAUGAGCAAGCUGAGCUUCUAAUUUCAGCUGCUCAAAAUAUAUACAUCCCUGGUUUCAGGUUUCUGCCUACCAAGAAGAACAAGAGAAUGAAAGAAAUUGAUAUAGAGAUUCGAUCGCUUUUCAGGAGCAUGAUCGAGCGGAGAGAGGUGGCUAUAAGAAAGGGAGGAGCUAACAAUGAAGAUUUGCUAGGCCUGCUAAUGGAAUCAAAUUUUAGGCACUCCAAGGAAAACGAAGGAGGCUCCAAGAAUUCUGGGAUGAGUAUUGAAGAUGUGAUCGAGGAAUGCAAGCUAUUCUACUUUGCUGGGCAUGAGACAACAUCGGUUCUUCUCACAUGGACAUUGGUAGUGCUAAGCCUGCAUCCGAGUUGGCAGGCGCGUGCAAGAGAAGAGGUUCUACAAUUCUUCGGAGAAAAUAAGCCCGACUACGAUGGCUUAAGUCGAUUAAAGAUUGUGAUGAUGGUUCUGUAUGAAGUUCUUAGAUUAUAUCCUCCAGCAGUUUUGCUCGUAAGGAAAACUUACAAGGAAAUGAAAUUAGGUCAGUUCACCUUUCCAGAAGGAGUGCAACUCUUGCUGCCUAUAAUCUUCAUACAUCAUGAUCCAGAAUUUUGGGGUGAAGAUGCUUCGGAAUUCAAUCCAGAGAGAUUCGCCGAGGGAGUUUCAAAGGCAUCGAAGAUUCAAGGCGCCUUCUUUCCAUUUGGUGGGGGUCCUCGAAUCUGCAUCGGUCAGAGCUUUGCGAUGAUGGAAGCCAAGAUGGCUUUGUCUAGGAUUCUUCAACAUUUUACAUUCCAACUUUCACCAUCCUAUGCCCAUGCUCCUUAUACUGUAGCAACGAUUCAUCCGCAACAUGGUGCUCAAAUCAUCUUACACAGGCAGUAAGAGCAUCUUUUCAUCAAUAUAUCACACUCGAUAUUGCCGACUUCAUUAUCAUCAGCAUCAAUACUGUCAAAAAUCCCUGGUUUUAUCAUGAGGUUCAUCAGGUGUAUAAUCCAUUCGACGUGCUGCUUUUGUGAAUCCUUGUAAGGAAUUGGCUGAACCAGAGUCCAAUAUAUAGUUGAGCCUAAGAUUUAUAGCUGUAUUUGACUUAUAGAAUAACAAUUCAGUAAAUGUCUGGCUGUCAGGACAUGGCAAUCUUAUUCAAGUGCUCAAACAGCUUGUCUACUCGUUGUCAGACAAUUUUUAGCUGUUAUGAUUUGGUUGUUGAUUA